GAGCGACAGGGUCGGGUGGGUCAAACAGUGAGCCGAGGGUGAGAGACGAAGCCCUAAGGUUACGAGAUCAGAUCUGAUGCAGUCGUGUUAACCUCGGACGUUUCAACUUCCAAUCGAUCUCUUCACGAUAACUAGUCGCCGGUCGUGAAGCCGGUUGUUCAGUGCGAAUUCGCAGUACAAAAGAGACUUGUGAUAUUUUUCUAGUUUUUAAGUUCCGGAGCGGAACUUAUUAGUUUUUUCGCGUUAAAAGUGUACAAUAUAAGUAAAAAUUUGGAAAACAUGGAGAUCCUGCCGGUUACGAGUCAGUUUAGCGUCGGAUUCAGUAGUGAAAAAGCAUGGAAUGGGCCAACAUGGCGGGAAGCGCCGAUGCCGGUUCCGACGGAGGCGGCCCUGGCUCAAAGGCUCGAGAGAGAGCUUAGGGCAGCCAAGGGGGCCAGUGAGCUAGCGACCGCGGAAGUCCUCGUCCCAGCGGAGCUGCUGGCGAGGGCCUCUCGUCAAACACUGGCGCUGGCGGAGGGAGAGCCCUGCGGGUCCCGGGGCGCCGCCGUAAUCGUCGACGUGGCCGGCCGAAGGCUCGCCGCGUUCAAGAUAGACCCCAACACACUCACAACGCAUGAAAUACAUUUACAUCUUGAACAUGACGCCACGAACUGGACUAGCCUGCUGCCGCAAUUCUUAAAAAAUUUGACAAGAGGCGGCACCAUCAUCAUCAGCCCCCAGUUCACGAUAGAAAAGAAAAAGCUCUUCCGGAGUCAAGCGGAGUGAGUGCCAGCGUGACGAGCGUGUUAGGGUGAUAGCGCGUGAUGGCGCCAUAGCGCGUGAUGCGAGCGAGCCGACUGAUUGCCCUCCUCGAUAUCUACGUAUCGUUAUUUUAAAUAUCAAUAUUAUAUUAUGUAUAUUAUAUUUUUAAUAAGAGAAAAAAAAGCACAGCGUGAUAUGUAAUGUAUAGUAGUAGAGUAAGCGCGCGGAGAGCGCACAGUCCCGCAUCGGCCGCGCCGCCGGUCCGCUAGUGACGUGAAGUGCGCUUUGUCGACAAAGCGUCGACGUUCCGUCGGCGGGCCGGCGGCGCGGGUGGUGCGUCGGCGGCGUGCGGCGGCGAGCGUGAUCUCGAGCUCCCGCGACCCGUCCCGGGCCCGCCCACCGCAGCGCUGGCCCCGCGCGCCGCUCGUGUCGUAUGCCUGUUCUGAUGAGUGGCGUGGCGGCGUUAGGUGCGCACCAUGAUCUCAGCCGCCGCGCGUGUGAUAUGAUGCCCUGAUGAUGAUGACGACUUAGUGUUACGUAUUAUUUUUUGUUUCGAGUUCGAUUCUAUUGUGAAGUUGUGUAGAGUUGGUAUAUUACAUGUAACGUAAUUGUAUUUAUUAGAGGCGACCCCCGGGGGUCAGAUAUGUGUACGUCUUUGUAAUUGUACUGGUUCGUACAUUUGUUUGUGAUACUACUUUUGUAAUGUAUAAAAUUUAAUUGAGAAAUAUACUUUAAUGAUGCGGUGCGCGCGCGCAUACAAAUUAUGUUGAGAGAUGUAUCAUGGCCGCGACUCGCGGAGGCAAUAAGAGAGGCGCGGAUGCUGCGUGUUAAUAUACUGCAAAGAUCUCAGGUUAUAUUAUUAUAGUUAUAACAAGUAUUAAGUUAUUUAAGUUAAUAUAAAGAUUGUACUUUUUGUAAGAUUGUUUUCCAUCGCGACACCGCGGUUCUAUGUCCAGUGGUGGAACGGUUCAGUUGACGACAAUGUUGUAUUGAAAGAAGUUAAAUGCAUUUUCUUCACCAGUGUAAAUUUAAAUGAAUGUAUAUCAAUAGACACAGUUUUUUAACAAAAUCUAAAUGUUCGUAGGGUCCAGUGUUCUAAACGCACAAUAUCAUAGUACUAGAUUUCACUUUCAUCAAAAAAAAAAUGUUUUAAAAAAUUAUAAAAAAAAA